UCUACCCUGACGAAGAAAGACCACAUCGCCAUACAAAAAUUCGAGCUGCGGUGGCCAUAAUGGACUAGACAGUUGAAUGCAUUCACAAUGACGACGUAAAAAAGACUGUUUUCAAAGGGCGAGGUAAAUUGCAGAAGAUGCGUGAUUGAAGUGAUUGAAAGUUGAAUAGGGUCUAGAAGGAUGAGUGUGCCAAAAUUUCUUAGCAGGAGAGAAUGUGGUCAGACCAAAAACCAAAGGAGCGUUCAGGAAUUACUUGAGGCCAGGGCAGCAGACCCAACAAUAAAUCAGUCAUGUCAGUUGCUGGGCCAAGCUCGGUCCACCUUCCUUAUGGACUUCAGUGCAGACAGGAGGAAGAUAGCAUCUACCCAUGGGGAUCACUCGGUGAGAGUGACUGACCUAGCUACCGGGAAGUGUACCCAUGUCCUGACUGGCCAUCCCCGUACGCCAUGGUGCCUAGCUUUCCACCCAUCCUCCAGUGAGAUCUUGGCCUCAGGAUGCCUGGGGGGAGAGGUCAGAAUCUGGGACCUACAUGGAGGAGGUAGUGAGGUGUACCGCUCCCCUGGAGAUCACGUCAUCGCCUCUAUGGCCUUCCACCCCUCAGACCACGUUCUUGUGUUCGCCACGUCCAAUGAGCUGUUCUUUUGGGAUUGGUGUAAACCUGAGCCGUUCACAUGCUGCAGGACCAGGGAGGAUUUUGAGAGGAUCAGGUGGAUUAGGUUUGGGCCUCUGGGACACUGUCUGUACACAGGUAUAGCUAAUGGCUCCACCAUCCAGCGAGAUGAUACCACACACAUCUCGCAUAUCAGUGAUCCGUCUUCUGAUUCACAUUAUGAUUCGCGACAGAGAAUGUUACGACAGAGGUAUCGCACACUGCUUACCCGUUUCCAAGCAUAUCAGAACGACCGUAGCCAUGGCAGUGAAAACCGUAACACAUCAGACAUAAAUGCUGGGGAUCCACUGUACAGAGCUGGAGCUGGUGCCAAUAACAGUGAUGAACAUGACAUAAUUUCCAUCGGCCCUCGUUCUCCUGCACACGAGGAUGCUCUAGAUCUGGCUCAGGAAUACGCUGCCCAUGUGACGGAGACCACAGCACGCUUAAGGAACUCUCGUAGCUAUGCUGCCACAGUCACUCAAGAUGCGAGACGGGCCAUGUUGUUUGAACAGCACGGCUUGAAUCGUCCUAUCCCACAAGGUCCUGAGCUGCAAGCUCGGCUACGUUCUGCGAGGGAGAGGGCGAGUGUGGCUGGGGACAGCUCAGCUGUGAGUGCUGAAGUAUCGGCAGGUGGUCGGGGGUUCCGUCGUGGGGCAUGUAGCCCGCCACCCAGAAGGGAAAUUCAGCCCCCACCCACAACCUCACAAAGGAUAGACCAACUCCUAACCUCAGGUUCUAGUGAUUCCAGAGAUGCAGCGUUCAGAAUAAGAGACUUAUCUUCCAUACAAAGACCUUUAUUUAUUAACACAACCACAGAUUCAUCAAGGACGAGUUACUCUCCGAGAGACUCGUCACAGGUGGAGUCGGUGAUGGGAACCUGGGGGAAUUCCACUAGACGCACUCUGCCUUCUCCGUUGGCCAGUGUUUCUGGGGUAAAUAGGACAAUGUGUGAACACAGCCCAAACAGUGGGACAUGCCCCAGGGGUACUGGUAGACUGUCCAGCCCUGGGGGUGCCUCUAACUCCAUCCUGAGGACUAGACUUAACGCUGCACAGGACAGUUGUUCCCUGCCUAGUGGCUCUGCUUCUCAUUCCAGUGCUCAGAAGUCGGGGCCAGUUGUGAUAUUUGGUAGGGAGGAGUCAGGGAUCUGGAAACCCUCUGCGUCUGCGAGCACAUCUCAGAGCUCGUCCUCUCCUAGUCAGGGACAUGAUUCUAUAACAAGUGCUAAGAAUAUUUGCUCAAGUCCUACAGACUCUCGACGGCCGUCGCACGCGGUCACAUCGUGCUCUCUGGUGGGUUCUGGGAACUCCGUUGUCACAGAGGCUUUUUGUGAAUCUGGUGUGACGACAGUAACUGCAAGUCAAACACCAUGCUCCACAUCCACAUCCAGUCUCUCUGCAGUCCUUUCUAAUGAUGCUGCUACCACCUGUAAUAUUCGUGAUAUAUUUAAUUCAGCUGCUGUGACACCGUCUACAACAGUUUACAGUACAUGUGUUUCAUGUGUUCAUGCUCCAGUUGCUAGUGUAUCAAGUGUUCAGGCUCCUGCUGCGAUAUCAAGUGUUCAGGCCCCUGUUGCGAUAUCAAGUGUUCAGGCUAAUCUUGGAACUGUUUCACAUGUUCGGACUCCUGUUGCGAUAUCAAGUGUUCAGGCUCCUGUUGCGAUAUCAAGUGUUCAGGCUCCUGUUGCGAUAUCAAGUGUUCAGGCUAAUCUUGGAACUGUUUCACAUGUUCAGACUCCUGUUGCGAUAUCAAGUGUUCAGGCUCCUGUUGCGAUAUCAAGUGUUCAGGCUCCUGUUGCGAUAUCAAGUGUUCAGGCUCCUGUUGCGAUAUCAAGGGUUCAGCCUAAUCUUGGAACUGAUUCACAUGUUCAGACUUCAAUUCCCCCCAGCACAGCUUGUGAUCAGGCUGCACUUGUCAGUUCUCUGCCAUUUAGAACAUGUAGCAGAAAUACUACUGCAGCACCUGGUCAAGUACCAGAUGGUAUUCUUGGAAGUUCUGCAGGUGUAGUGAAUACAGAUUCAUGCGGGGGGAGUUUUCGUGCCACAGGAUUGCAGCGUAGCAGUGGCAGGACAGGAUCAUCUCCUAGAUCUCCACCACAAAGUGGUCUGCCCCCAGAGUCUUCCCCGAGGAGGGUGUUGGAGUCACAAACCAGGCCUGCCCCCGACUUGAGUCUGCUGGGAUUCAGACGGAUUCCUUCAGAGGCCCUUCUUGCAACAUCUGUGUUACCCUCAGUAAACAUUAGACCCUCUGAGAUCAUGGAGGAAGAUGUGGCAGAGAGCAAUCCUCUGUACUCUGCAGAUCAUUCAGUGACUUUUGAUCAUGACCGUCAACCUCCAGAGCAUGGCAGAAGUGCAGAAACAGCACAAGGUACUGUCUCUGCCUCAGGAAGUAGAAUCUCUCCGAGAGAAAAUGCAAACCCAGAUCUGCAGCGGACCUAUGCAACUAGGCUGACCUAUGAGCCUCAGGUACCAGUUUUAUCUGGUAGUGAUGCGAGUGAUGAACAUGUCAGUAUAAGUAACAUGACCUCCCGUUUGGCACAAGAAAUAAAUGUCCUUGGUAGGAUGAUUGCCAUGAGAGAAAGAUUUUCCGUUCGAUUGCAAGCUCUCCAAAACGAGCGGAAUGAAGCUAUGGCAAAUAGCCCAGUCAGCCAGGGCAGUCCACCACCUGGCAGAAUACCAGAGAUUACAAUCACUGAACACCAGGUGGAGCCACAGGUGCCUGUAGUCAGCAGUACUGACCAGUCAGAUUACCCCAGUUCAUCACCUGUGCCUGGACCCUCUAGACCUAACCUCGAAGCCCCCGCCCCUCCGGAAUCUGCACUGCAAGGGUUGGACCGCACCUGGCAUACACUUCAACGCCGCCACCUACAUCCCCACUAUGGCGUCAGUAUACUGGAUGAGACCAUUAACCGACCAAAUGAUGCUCUACAAGCCGCCAUCAACAGAGCCAUCGCAGGUGCUUUCAUGGGAACAGGAGAAGCGGCUGUGGCCAGUAACAUCAUCAACCUGACCCACAGGAUUCAGUGCUGGGACUUUAGUCGGUGUGUUAUACCAGACAUCUCUCAGGCCAACACCAACAUUGUGGUACCUCACUGUAAGAUUCACAAUGAUGCCAGCUGUGAUAUCAGCCAGGACGGCACCUUCCUCGCCACGUUUGUACCCAGUCAUCGAGGUUUUCCAGACGACACCAUCUUAGCGGUGUUCUCCUUGCUUCCAGGAUCCAGAGGGGAUUGCCUCUUCACCAAAAGUUUUGGUCCUAAUGCCAUAUCUGUCAGCUUAUCUCCCCUGAAAACACACCUGGUGGUUGGACUGGCCUCCAGGAGAUUGUCUUGGGUCUUCACUACCAGUCAGGUUGUGGGUCAAGUGUACAAACUACGACAGCCCAAGGCUGGGGAAGCUUCCAUGGAGGCGGUGACUGAUAUCCACCACCCUUGUGACAUGGAGAUCCAAUCUCACAUUAGCGUUAACUCCGUCCGCUGGCUGCCCGGGGUUGGGGAGGGUGUCAUCUAUGGUACUAACCGCGGGGAUCUCCAUAUCUGCCGCCCUGGGUGAGUAGGCCGAAAACAAUAACGGAUAAGGAAGAGGAUAUUGAUGUUGUUGGGCAAGCCGAGGAUGGGGCCAUGGACAGCACAAACAUGCGUCAAAACCUAAUGCACAUCUCCCACACGCUAAGCGCCGCCAUACAGACGCUGCAUCGGGCACGGCGCACUGCUGCAACACAGACUGACCAGGCAGAGGGUGAGAAUCGACCACAAAGGCCACAGCAGUAGGGACUUAAGAGUUAACACUGAUGUGUCUAAAAAUAAAGUUAUGAUGGGGACAGUCAGUAUAAGUGCAAGAUAAUGCAGAUGUUUUGCUUUAAAUUUGCAGUGUUUGUAACAUUGUGACUUCUGACCUGGCGGUGUGAAGGUCUUAUUUUUUAUUUUGUUUUGGUAUAUUUUUUUAUAAUUAAAGGGCCAAUCUACAUGUACCAGUGGGGAGGUUACUGUAUCAUUGGAAGGAAUACUCUAUCAGGGAAAGGAUUGUGAAGCACAUGCCAAGGUGUAUCAGUGAGAGGUUUAACAUAUGAUUGGAGAGGUUUCCUAUAUCAGUGGAUGGGUUUAUCAGUGGAACAGUUACUAUAUUAGUAGAAGAGUUACUCUAUCAGUGGAAGGACUACUGUAUUUGUGGAGGGGUUACCCUAUCAGUGGAAGGGUAACUGUAUUUGUAGAGGGGUUACUCUGUCAGUGACAGAACAACUGUAUUUGUGGAGGGGUUACUCUG